GGUAUGGAAGGGAGGACAUCCAGCACUCAGAGCAAUCACACACAGAGAAUUGAACAAGCCAGCAGAGCGAUGAUUGAGCUGGGCCCUAUGAAGGACGGCAGAAGCCCCAUAGACGAGCUGAUGGAGAUCACGGCACAGAGUCUGAGUCGACUAGAGAUCAAAGAACAUUUUAACAUCAUCAAAGAGAUCGGCCGUGGCAAAUACGGACGUGUAUUGCUGGUUACUCACCGAUGCAGGGGGACACCCAUGGCCCUGAAGGUUCUGCCCAAAGCAUCAACACAGCUGAAAGGAUUUCUGCGUGAGUACUGUAUCUCGCUCCACCUGUCCUGCCACCCGUGCAUUGUGGGUCUGUUUGGAAUCGCCUUCCAGUCCAAAGAACACUAUGGAUUUGCUCAGGAGCUGGUGGUCGGACGUGACCUGUUUGCUAUCAUCAAACCGCGGAUCGGAAUCUCGGAGAGUGUAGUGAAGCGCUGUGCCGUGCAGGUAGCCAGUGCCCUGGAGUUCAUCCACCACCUGGGCUUGGUGCACCGUGACAUCAAGCCCGAGAACGUGCUGCUGCUGGACACCCAGUGCCGCCAUGUAAAGCUGGCUGACUUUGGAUUGACACAAAAGCGAGGCACUCUGAUCCGUGUCAUCUCAAGCACACUACCCUACAUGGCCCCAGAGCUGUGUGCCAUGGUGGCAGAGGAUGGCCAGGAAAAUCCUAAAGCUCCACCACUCAGCAUACAGCCCAGCCUAGACACUUGGGCAUUUGGUGUGCUGCUUUUCUGCAUCCUUACAGGUUUCUUCCCCUGGGAGAAUUGCACAAGCCAUGACAGCUUCUAUGAUGAGUUUGCUGAGUGGCUGCAGGACCCAGAGACCACAGAAAUCCCGACACAGUGGGGGAGAUACACGCCGGAGUGUAUGGAGAUGUUCACCAAGCUGCUGGCACUGGAGCCUAAGAACAGAUCCACAGCUGAUGUGGUAAAAGAGUAUGUCGGGAAGGACUGGCUGAGGGCAAAUCAAACAAAUGGACUGGUGGGUGAAAGUGAAUGAGUGACCACCACGGCAACACUGAGCGGCCAAAGCCAUAGUAGCCCGGUUUUGCAGUAAUGCCUUCAUGUGGCAUUCCAACAGAAGAUUGGAAGAUUUAGUGAGAAUUUGUUAAAGCACACUUCAUCCAAACAAUGUGGAGGAAAAGGUUUUUGAAAUCUCUUCACUUGAUUGGAUAGCCAUAUUUUCUGUACUAUAAAUAAAAAUAUAUAUUUUUUAACUUUAUAAUCUAGAAUGUUAUGAAUGAAUAGUUUUUAUGUCCUAAUAUACUAAACAACAGCAUGAACACGAAUAAGCAGGACUUUGCAUUUUAAAUGAGUAGAAUAACAGUUUGAUGUUUUAAUGUGUUAAAA